AGAAGAGGAAUAAUGAAUCCUACGAGAAACUGCUCAAAACCUUUGAAAUGAUCCAUAUUGAUAACAUGGAAGUUCUCAAGGCCCUGAUUUAUGCCGGGGAUGAUCAACCACCUCUCUUUGAUGGUUCUUCUAAGACAAGGGUUUGAACAUGAACUCCUUAUAUAUAGCUGAAUACAUUGCGCAAAAGAUUCACCUGAUUCCGCCUUCAAAACAAUAUAUUUUACCUGCAAAUCUUGGGACAAAAGAGAGAAGUAGAAUGAGCCAGUAACCAGUAAUAUCCCGAGCACUUUUAAAUAACCCCUAGACCGCAUAAAUAAUCAUUACACAAACACUACAGGGAAAAAUUCUUUUGGCGAUGCAAUCUAAAUUCGUCGCCAAAAAUGAUACCUUUUGGCAAGUAAAUACUUCAGAUUCCGUCGCCAAAUUAGACAUAUUUCGCGACAAAAUGAAAACAAGUAAUUUUUGCUAGGCCUUUACCCAUUUUUUAGGUUCAUUAGGAUUCUUAUUGGUUGGAGCUACCAGUUAUCUUGGUAGAAAUUUGAUAUCUUUAUUUCCGCCUCAACAAAUCUUUUUUUUUUUUUUCUUAAGGGCUUGUAAUGUCUUUCUAUGGGAUCUGGUCGAAUUUCAUCGUCAAAUCGGACCAAUUUGGCAAGGAAAUGAGAUUUUGUUAACAAAAGGUACCAUUUGGCAAGAAAAUAUGGAUUUCGUCACCAAAAGGCUAAUCUUGACAUUCUAAGGAGGAAAAAUGUGUUAUUGCUAAUAUCAAGCCUAGACAUCUCCCCAGACGAGCUGUCAAUUCUGAAACAAAUCUACAACGAGUCCCGACAACGUGCGACAAGGUCGGACAACCUGUACGAGGUGGUUUGGGUCCCAAUUCUGGAUCGCUCUGUGCAACAGUGGACCGACCAGAUGCAAAAAAAGUUUGAGACCCUACAACACACUAUGCCAUGGUACACAGUGCACCACCCUUCACUGAUCGAUCGUGUGGUGAUUAGGUUCGUGAAGGAGAGGGGGCAUUUUCGUAAUAACCCUAUCCUUGUGGUGUUGGACCCAAAAGGAAGGGUGGCGAGCCCCAAUGCAAUUCACAUGAUGUGGAUUUGGAGGAGCAAUGCUUUGCCUUUCACUAGCUCUCGAGAGAAGAUUUUGUGGGAGGGAGAGACUUGGAAGCUUGACUUGCUUGUGAAUGGUAUUGACCAAACAGUCCUGGAUUGGAUAAGCGAUGAGAAACACAUUUUCGUUUACGGAGGGGAUGACAUCGAGUGGAUUCGAAGAUUCACCAAGACAGCACGAUUCGUUGCCCAAUCGGCUCACAUCCCUCUAGAGAUGGUCUACGUCGGAAAGAGCAGCAUGAAAGAAAAAGUUCGUACAAUCAUCACCGCCAUCACAAAUGAAAAGCUCAGCCACGCAUGGCCAGAGCCCAUGAUAUGGUGCUUCUGGACUCGAUUGGAAAGCAUGUUGUUUUCCAAGAUCCAGAUAGGUCGAAUAGACGGCGACCACGACCCCAUGGUGCAAGAAAUCAUGAAACUGCUGAGCUAUGACAAGAGUACUGGAGGCUGGGCCGUGCUGGGUCGGGGGUCGCAAGUGGUGGUGAAUGGACACGGGACCAAAGUGAUGGAUACUUUGUUGAAGUACGACGUAUGGAAGGAACAUGUGGCCACUAAAGGGUUUGAACGGUCGUUCAAGGAUCAUCACGACAUGCUUCAUGCAACUGAGCACCCGUUUUUCCGGUAUGAGUUUUUGAGAACCAGUACCGGGAGGAUGCCGGAGAGUAUGAAGUGUCCGGAGUGCCUUCGUGCUAUUGAGAUGUCUAUGGCUUUUCUUGCUGCCAUGAUGAAAAUCCUACUGUCACACUCUAAUGAAGGUUAAUUCAAGCUACUUGGCAAUGGCAUGUGUGGUUUUAUCAUUAUUUUUUUCUUUUUGUUUAACAAGAUGAGGCAAAUAAUGUGAUGUUUAGG